AUCCGAACAAUGAAGUAUCAAUGACUUAUUGUGACAAUUAAAAAGCCUGUAAAUGUCGGCCCAUAUUUUGAAAGCCCAAACCAGGUCACGCGCAAGGCACGUGACAACCGCCAUCGCCCGUUUAUCUCUACCUCUACUUCUUGUUCAAGAAAGCCUUUCGACAUUGUUACUAAAACCGAAUUUCACUGAACUAAUAAUCAAAUCCCAAAACUUCGCAAAUGGCACCGGAACCUGAGGAUGAGAUCAAGGACGAGAAGAAUCCUAAGCCGCUCGAUGAGGACGAUAUUGCUCUCCUCAAGACCUAUGGCCUGGGACCUUAUUCUACAAGUAUAAAGAAAGCUGAGAAGGAAAUUAAGGAAAUGGCAAAGAAGAUUAAUGACCUAUGCGGUAUCAAGGAAUCUGACACUGGUUUAGCUGCUCCCAGCCAAUGGGAUCUUGUGUCUGAUAAGCAAAUGAUGCAGGAGGAACAACCUCUGCAGGUUGCUCGCUGUACAAAGAUAAUCAAUCCAAACACUGAAGAUGCAAAGUAUAUUAUCAAUGUCAAGCAAAUUGCAAAGUUUGUUGUUGGAUUAGGUGAUAAAGUGUCACCUACUGACAUUGAAGAAGGCAUGAGAGUUGGUGUUGAUCGGAAUAAGUACCAAAUUCAGAUUCCCUUGCCUCCAAAAAUUGAUCCAAGUGUUACUAUGAUGACAGUUGAGGAAAAGCCAGAUGUAACCUAUAAUGAUGUCGGUGGAUGUAAGGAGCAGAUUGAGAAGAUGCGAGAGGUUGUUGAGCUUCCCAUGCUUCAUCCUGAAAAAUUUGUGAAGCUAGGUAUUGAUCCUCCCAAGGGUGUACUGUGCUAUGGUCCUCCUGGGACUGGUAAAACCCUAUUAGCCAGAGCUGUGGCAAACAGAACAGAUGCAUGUUUUAUUCGAGUAAUUGGAAGUGAGCUUGUUCAGAAGUAUGUCGGUGAGGGAGCUCGAAUGGUUCGUGAACUAUUCCAGAUGGCUCGCUCGAAAAAGGCAUGCAUUGUGUUUUUUGAUGAAGUGGAUGCUAUUGGAGGUGCACGGUUUGAUGAUGGUGUUGGUGGUGACAAUGAGGUCCAGCGCACCAUGCUUGAAAUUGUGAAUCAGCUCGAUGGAUUUGAUGCUCGUGGAAACAUAAAAGUUCUAAUGGCAACAAACAGACCCGAUACUCUUGACCCAGCACUUCUACGCCCUGGAAGGCUCGAUCGAAAAGUGGAGUUUGGGUUGCCUGAUCUGGAGAGUAGGACACAGAUAUUCAAGAUCCACACACGAACAAUGAAUUGUGAGAGAGAUAUUCGGUUUGAACUUCUUGCAAGGCUUUGCCCGAAUUCUACAGGAGCUGACAUUAGAAGCGUGUGCACCGAGGCGGGAAUGUUCUCGAUUCGAGCAAGGAGGAAGACAGUGACAGAGAAAGAUUUCCUAGAUGCUGUGAAUAAAGUGAUCAAAGGGUAUCAGAAAUUCAGUGCAACUCCCAAGUAUAUGGUUUAUAAUUGAUGAUUGCUCUUCUAUUCCUUCUUGUAUCCAUAUCCAUGCACUAUGGAUGUUGUAACGUUAAUUCCAGCCCUAAAUUAUCCAAGAAAACCUCAUUGUUUUCUAGAGAAUGUAUUUGCGAUAUUUGAUGAAAAGGUAAAAUUCGAAUUUGGUAUGAAUCCGAGGAAUAUGACAAUGUAUAAGGCUGCUUGUCUUUUUCAUUGGUGAUUUUUUGCUUGUAUUGUUGGGUAAUGAAGUUGUGAACUCAUUAAA